AUGGGUGACUCAGGAUGGAACAUAGGUCUGAACUACCAUGACCCCAGAAUGCUGAAAGGGCCGGCGUUCAGUUUUGGGAUGCGCCACCAACAGCUCAGCUCAGACCGCUCCCCAGGGCCAGCGUUCAGUUUUGGGAUGCGCCACCAACAGCUCAGCUCAGACCGCUCCCCCGGGCCGGCGUACUUGGUUCCCUCCAACAUCACCAGGAUUGGACAUGACGGGGCCCCUUCAUACUCCCUCUACAGCCGCCCCAAUGACCCCCAGCUGUUCCAAACCCCUGGACCUGGUCGCUACUCCACUGAGAGGUCGGGGCAGUCUACAUAUUAAUCUGCCCCUGCCAACUCCCUGUCUGCUUGGAGCAAAGGCUUCUGCAACGACCAGACCCCAGGCCCUGCUGCUUACAUGCAGCCCUCUGUGCUGGGGCCUGCCACCGUCAACAAAACCUCCGCCCCUAACUCCCUCCGAGGAUGCAGCAAGAUGGUCAGUUUCCACGAGGACCUGCAGAAGGUCCCUGGCCCAGGGACAUUCAGAGUGGUGGACCCCUGCACCUACAAACACAAGCCCCCCCACUACAGCAUGACAGGCUGCAACAGCAUGCCUGGAGACACCACCAUGAAACCAGGCCCCGGAGCUCACCACCCUGAACAGGUGACCUUCACCAGGAUCAAACCUCCAAGCUUCACUUUCAGAAUUCAUCAUUCCGAGUUCAUCGCUCCACUCAUCGUGGACGUGGUGUAA